GCGCAGUGGCAGCCCGCAGUGUGGUUCCGGUACCUGGUUCUGGGCUUGCUGUCGGUGUCGGUCGGGAAGAUGUCGGGCGGUCCGGCCGUGCGGAUUAGUAUCGAGUCGUCCUGCGAGAAGCAGGUCCAGGAGGUGGGGCUCGAUGGCUCCGAGACCUACGUGCAGCCUCUGUCCAUGUCCCAGAACCUGGCCCGCCUGGCCCAGCGCAUCGACUUCAGCCAGGACUCCGGGGACGAGGAGGGGGCGAGCGGCUCCCGGGAGCAGGACUGGGGGGAGCAGGAGGAGGAGGAGGAGGAGGAGGAGGAGGGAACAGUAAAGUUCCAACCCUCGCUGUGGCCGUGGGACUCUGUAAGAAACAAUUUACGAAAUGCCCUUACUGAAAUGUGUGUCCUACAUGAUGUUUUGACCAUUGUAAAGGAGAAGCGUUACAUGCACCUAGAUCCUGUCUCUCAAGAAGCACCAGCAGCAAAACAGAAUCAGCACGGCUUGCUGCUGGUUUCUAAGAAGAAAUCUUUGGCAGGAGCGGCUCAGAUUCUCCUGAAAGGAGCAGAGAGGUUGUCCAAGUCAGUAGCCGAAUAUCAGGAGAACAAGAGACAGAGAGACUUCAACUCCGAGCUGUUGAGGUUACGGCAGCACUGGAAGCUAAGAAAACUCGGAGACAAAAUUCUGGGAGAUUUGAGUUAUAGGAGUGCAGGGUCUCUCUUUCCUCACCACGGUACAUUUGAAGUUAUAAAGAACACAGAUCUAGAUUUGGAUAAAAAAGUCCCUGAAGAUUACUGCCCACUGGAUGUGCAUAUCCCAAGUGAUUUAGAAGGAUCUGCCUACCUGAAGGUUUCCAUUCAGAAGCAAUGUGCAGAUAUUGGUGACCUCGGAACAGUUAAUCUUUUUAAGCGACCACUGCCAAAGGCAAAACCAGGAACCCCACAUUGGCAGACCAGGCUGGAAGCUGCACAGAAUGUUCUUCUGUGUAAAGAAAUAUUUGCACAGUUGUCUCGUGAAGCCGUUCAGAUCAAAUCCCAAAUCCCUCACAUUGUUGUCAAGAAUCAAAUAAUCUCCCAGCCUUUUCCAGGACUACAGCUGUCAAUCUCUUUCUGCCACUCCUCCAAUGACAAGAAAUCUCAGAAAUCAGCUUCCGAAAAGGCUGCCACAGAAGACCACCUGUAUGUUCUUGAACACAAUUUGCACCAGCUGAUUCGAGAGUUUCAUAAACAGACGUUAAGCAACAUAGUGAUGCCACAUCCAGCUAGUGCUCCUUUCGGUCACAAGAGAAUGCGGUUGGCAGGUCCUCAAUCCUUUGACAAGAAUGACAUCAGUGCAAUGCAGCAGAAUGAGGGUCUCCUGGAGAAGAUCAUCAAACAAGCUAAACACAUAUUCCUCAGACGAAGAACUUCCCGCACCAUUGACAGCCUUGCCAGUCGAAUUGAAGAUCCACAGAUCCAAGCACAUUGGUCAAGCAUCAAUGAUGUGUACGAGUCCAGCGUGAAAGUCUUAAUAACAUCUCAAGGUUACGAGCAGAUCUGCAAGUCUAUUCAGUUACAGCUCAAUAUUGGUGUGGAUCACAUCAGGGUGGUCCAUAGAGACGGGAGAGUGAUAGCUCUGUCUCACCAGGAGCAAGAGCUCCAGGAUUUCCUCCUCUCUCAGAUGUCCCAACACCAAGUUCUUGCUGUUCAGCAGUUGGCUAAAGUCAUGGGGUGGCAUGUCCUCAGCUUCAGUAAUCAUGUCGGGCUUGGACCAGUUGAAAGCAUCGGGAAUGCAUCUUCAAUAACUGUCGCGUCUCCAAAUGGAGAUUAUGCUAUUUCAGUACGCAAUGGUCCAGAAAGUGGCAGUAAAGUCAUGGUCCAGUUUCCAAGAUGUCAGUCCAAAGAGCUUCCCAAGGGUGAUGUGUUACAAGAUAACAAAUGGAAUUAUCUCCGUGGGCCGUUCAAAGAAGUUCAGUGGAACAAGAUGGAAGGUCGGAACUUUGUAUACAAAAUGGAAUUACUAAUGGCAGCAUUGACGCCUUGCUAAAGAGAAUUUCAAUGUGUACAUAAAAGGACAUUUUACUUUGAUAUCUCUUGAAUGCAAGCAACAAUCGAACAUGUAUUGUUUCAUUGAAAUAAAUGUGGGUUUCUUUUCUA